CGUCAUACGUGACGUUUCUAUCCCAUCGAACACAGGAGUAAACGAAAUAAAAUAAAUUAAAUAGACAAAGUUAUUAAAGUUCCUAUACAUUGCAUUUAGUAGCUGCUAUGCAGCUGAGUGAGUUUGGGAUACCCGGACAGUCCUGCGCCCGCAAUGCCAGGGGUAAAAUAUGAGCAGCUGUCAACCAAAGCUGAAGUGGAAGAAGAUAUAACUACUGCUAAACCUAAGAAGAAAUGGUCUGAGGUCUGGUGCCAGAAGGGUCUGCUGUCCUUAGGGUUAAUUCUCCUGUACUUUUCGCUAUCGAUCGGACUGACUUUCUACCAGAGAUGGAUAUUAAAGGACUUCCGCUACCCCCUAACGGUGGUGAUGUACCACCUGAUAGUGAAAUGGUGUCUGUCCGUGUGCGUCCGCUGCGCGCGUCACUUCGUCACCGGCUCGAGCCAGCUGGUGCUGCCGUUCAUGACGUGCUUACGCUCCGUGGCGCCCACAGGACUCGCAAGCGGUAUAGACGUGGGGUUCUCUAACUGGGGCCUGGAGCUGGUCACCAUCUCGCUCUACACCAUGACGAAGUCCACGACCAUCAUCUUCAUACUCGGCUUCGCUAUCUUACUCGGUUUGGAGAGGAAGUCGUGGUCCCUUGUCGGCAUAGUGUUUAUGAUAGCCGCGGGCCUUAUCAUGUUCACAUACAAGGCCACCGCUUUCAACCUGCUCGGCUUCAACUUCCUGCUGGUGGCGUCGUUCGCCGGCGGUCUUCGGUGGACGUUCGCCCAGCUGCUGAUGCAGCGAGCGAGACUCGGGCUACACAAUCCGGUGGACAUGGUGUUCCAUGUGCAGCCGUGGAUGUUCCUGUCGCUGCUGCCCUUCGCCCUGCUUUUCGAAGGUUUAUCCUGUUUCGAGUACCUCCUGUCCCUGUCGCAAGGGGCGCUAGUGCCAACGCUAGUAAAGGUGUCUGGGGGCGCCACCAUAGCUUUCCUCAUGGAGAUCUCAGAGUUCCUCGUAGUGACCUACACAUCUGGCCUGACGCUGUCCAUAGCCGGGAUAUUUAAGGAGAUGUGCAUUCUAGUCUUGGCGGUGGAGGUGAGCGGUGACCGUCUGAGCGCGAUCAACGUGGCCGGCCUCGGAGUGUGUCUCUUGGGCAUCAUCGGACACAUUGUACAUAAGGUCCUCUUCAUAAAAUCCGUAACGGGCGCUGUACCAUUAGACGACCACUUUGAACCCGUCAGCCGCUCCCGAACGCCCAAAGGCGGCGGCGAACCCCUCCUUGAGGCUAAGUGGACGCACCCGAGCGACGACAGCGAUGUCGAUGCUAACUUGGUACUGUUCGAGGUGCUACAGAGAAGAGAUGGGAGGUAGGGAGGUCUGUUAAGUAUGUUAGCUGUGAAAAUAUAAAAUAAAAUAUUGUUCAAGUUGGCAUCAAGGCAUGUUUCACAAGUCAAUGCAACGUUUGCAGAGACUAUUUGUGGUAUUUUCUAUAAAAAGGGACCGUAUUGUCGAUGGUGCUUACGCCAUUAUUAACGAUGCUCCGAUAUAAAUACAAUGCCGAUUGCCGCGCGACGUAAGCGCCAUCGACAAUAAGGUGCCUUUUCAUAGAAAAUGCCCCAUUUCUUAAUUUUUUUGGUUUUUUUUGUUCUUGACAUUUCACAAUACCUAGGUUGGCCCUAGCUAUGUAUACAUUGACAUCUCUUUUUUUUGUGACAUUUGUUUUAUUUAAUAAUUUUAUAUUCUAUUAUUUGAUUUCUGUUCUAAUUUUAAGUUGACGAUCUUUUAGUGAAAGCCUUUGUUUUAUACCUUUUUAUAAAAUACUGUGCCUUUUUCUUUAAGAAAUAAAUAUGUGCCAUUUUCAACCAAAAUGGUACUUAUUGUCGGUUGUCAAUAAGGCGCUAUUUCCAUAUAGCUUCAAUUUAGAAUCACCGUUAUCGACAACCGACAAUGUGGUACCUUUUGGUUGAAAACGUCACAUAUAUAUAAUCUGAUCUUGUGUGACUUGUGAAAGGGCCCUUUGUGUGAUAGUAAUAUAUAGGCAGUGGUGCCGCUUUGAGUCGAGGCUUGGUAUCGUUAGUAUUUUGAGUGGUGCUGACGAGGUUUUUAAAGAGAUACAUGUAAGUCCCGGGGUGAUUAUGUAACAGUGUUACGAUCAAAAAAUAAUAACUGAUGUAAACUUUAUAACUUUGCCCAAAAACCACGCAAGUGACAUUAAAACUGUUAAUGUCUAAGUGGACGCACCCUCGAGGAUAAGUGGACGCACCCGAGCGACGACAGCGAUGUCAAUUUCUAACUUGGUACUGGUUGGGGUGCUGCAAAUAAAAUUAAAAAAAUUGUAUGAAAAUUGUACAUUCCACUACGUCACGCAUUAUACGCAUAUACAAAUAAAAAAACACACUAUAAAACAUGAAGUAAUGGAAUGGACAUUUUGGGACAUCUUUUUUUAAUGGCAGGAUGGAGAAUGCUGUCGAUUCUGAGCAGAAUCAGGUCAAGAAUGUCCAGAUUUGAAAUAAUCAAGUUUUCAAUAUUUAUUUUAGAAAAACGUCCAUUAAGAGUCCCCGGCAAGCUCGGUUCUCCAUACAAACGUAGUUCCGCUUAUUUUACGACUAGCUAGAUUGCUCUGAAGCUUUUUAUCUAUGUCUGUAAUUAGUUUACGUAGCUUCAGAUACCAUAGUUAAAAAAAUACAGCGAACUUAAGUUUUUCAUACAAAACUUGUUUUUGCUCUAUUUCAUUCGUUAUAUGAACUAAUUACAGACCUAAAUAUACCUCAUGUCAUUUUAUGUGCAAAGUUUCAUAACAAUCUAACACGUAGUUUUAAAAUGAGAGCGGAACUACGUUUGUAUGAAAAGGUGCAAUUAUCACUUGGCCAGGUGUUGUUCUUAAUGUCUAUUUAUCCUAUGUGUUUUGAAAUUAUUAACAUUCCUCCGUUAUUGUUACUUAUUAUUUAUAUUAAGUUCGUCUAAAAUAAAACUUUGUUAUUUACAAGCGACCCGCCCCGGCUUCGCACGGGUAGUUUAACAAAUUUACACAAAACCUUUACAAAUUAUACAUAUAAACCUUCCUCUUGAAUCACUCUAUCUAUAAAAAAUACUAGAAUCAUUUGAGAAAAUUCAUAAUAUACAAACUAAAUACCAUCGAUUCUUGUACUACAAUUUGUAUUUAUAAUUUUUAAUAGAUAGGUAUUCACUAAAAACUUUUACGUAACCUAUACGUAGUUCAACAAAUUUACACAAAACCUUUACAAAUUAUACAUAUAAACCUUCCUCUUGAAUCACUCUAUCUAUAAAAAAUACUAGAAUCAUUUGAGAAAAUUCAUAAUAUACAAACUAAAUACCAUCGAUUCUUGUACUACAAUUUGUAUUUAUAAUUUUUAAUAGAUAGGUAUUCACUAAAAACUUUUACGUAACUUAUACGUAGUUCAACAAAUUUACACAAAACCUUUACAAAUUAUACAUAUAAACCUUCCUCUUGAAUCACUCUAUCUAAAAAACCGCAUCAAAAUCAGUUGCGUAGUUUUAAAGAUGUAAGCAAUUAAGCAUACAUAGGGACAGACGGACGGACACAGGAAAACGACUUUGUUUUAUACUAUUUAGUGAUAAUAGGGUUGUUGACAUGUUGAAUUUUAUAACUAAAUCUAGUUCAAAAGAUAGAAAAUUAGUAAUUUAUCACAAUAAAUUGGAGACUUAAAAAAUAUAUGGAUAAAAUAAAAAAUACUUACCUGUUAAAAAAAAUUAACUUCCAAAUAGGAAAAAAGCAGGUACUAUUCGAUUCCUUACAUUGUAUUGAAAAAAUAUUAUAGCUACAAUAUACAUAAACGUAAUAUUUUACCGACAAAAUCGCAAUUUCCUUAUUUUCCUUACAUCGAAACGGCUUAUAGCAAUAGCGACGUUACAUGCUGACGUCACGAUGUAUUGCCAUUUAGUUAGGAGCAUAUCGUCAAUAAAGCGCGGGUGCCAGACUUUGACCAUCAUUUGUGACUUGUAUUGCUUUAAGACAAUAGGUCCCAUACAGGCAUUUGAUCCUCAAAACAAACCUGAUCUACUGAUA